AUGCAGUACAAUUCACGGCAAGAGGGGUUCACAAAUGGAUCAUUGGGUGGUUUAUCGCAUGAAAUGAUUGCGUCCGAUCCAAUGCUCCAAGCAGCGAAACAAAUUGGUGGUCAGUUCGCGCAACAACAGAAAGAAAGAGAGUGGAGUGUUAAAUACGACAGUAGUGAUAGAGCAGUUCCCCCGCGUUAUGAUGUGAACGCGCCAGACCUUUAUAUCCCUGUUAUGGCUUUCAUUAGCUACAUUCUUCUAUGUGGAUUUGUGCUUGGAAUACAACAGAGAUUCAGUCCGGAGCAGUUAGUAUAUAUCCGUUAUUUAAGGAUGGACAUUAAUCUAAUUGCAUUCCUUGUCGGAGGAAAAUUGGCUUAUUACACUGCAUUGUCAUACACUUCAAUUGCUAUUGUUUUCUUCUUGUUGAGAACAGUAAAGAAUUUCGUACUCGACAUAUACAAUAAUUAUGGCGAUGGCAGAAAGCGAAAGAUUUAUUUGUUAAUCUUUAUUUCAUUUACACAGCCGUUCAUUAUGUGGUGGUUGACCAGUGGAGUGACAAGGGCGGUAGCGAAUGACAAGCUGGAACUUGCUGGGUUGGCGUUAUCAGGCGUUGGGGUCAGCUUGAAGCCUAAGGCAGAAUUACCGUUGACGGAUGAUGGCGAGGUCGAUUACGAGGCACUCUUGAAGAUGCCGUGA